AUGGGUUGCUCUCCAUUUCCCAAUUAUCGACUUGAGAAAGGUUUGCCGAUCAACUGGAGCUUAGAUUCGGUAAGUUUUACUGAGAACUUUGAUGACAACGGUAAUCCUCUGUCUCAAAAUGUAGAUUUUGCCAAAUCUGUGGACUUUGUUGAUGAAUCUCUGGAAUUGAAUGGUGUUUCUGUGGUUUCGGUUGAUAUAGUUUCUGAAACUGUUGAUGAAAUGUGUUGGGUUGAUGAUGUUAAUGUUAAGAUGAAACAUAACGGUGGCUAUAGUUUUGCUGUUGAUCUGUCAAAUGAUUUGAAGGGUGAUUCCUUGAGUUCAAAUGAUUCUGUUGAUGAUAAGUGUGCACCUGAGGUUCAUGUUGAUCCUGGUGGAUUAGAGAGUGCCAUUGAUGUUGAUAUCUUGCCUGCUUAUUCUAGUGUUACCUGUGAAUUUAUGAACUUAAGGAAUGAGCUUGAAUAUAACAUUGAAGGAGGUAAUGAAGCUGAUUUUGCUCCGGUUAAUGAAAUUAUGCAAUACAGUGAUGAAUUCCGUAAGUGGCUUGAAACAGAUCACCUCAGUAUGCACUUGAUUGCUAAUUCUGAUGUCCAAGUUGAUAGAGUGCAUGAGCUAAAUUUAUUUGAAGGAAAUUAUUAUGUUUUUGUCAAGUAUCUGUUGCUUGCAACCGUUUUCAAGGGUGGUACUGCACCUAUAGCUAAUCCUAUGGCUAUUGGGGACAUGGUUCCCUUGAGUUCUGUGGUAGAGGUGAUUGAAAUCAAGCUGUCACAAAAUGGUAAGCGAAGCGAUGUCUUGGUUACGGGUGAUGUAGUAAAUGCUGAUUUGCAGUGUCUUUUUACCAGAAAAAAUUGUCCGAGUAGUUUUGUUUUUUACCCUGGCGACAAUGUUGGUUAUUAUUUCGGUACUAUUGCUGUUGAAUGUGUGUGUUGCAGUGAUGUUGAGCUUAUGGUUUAUACGAGAUUUCCUAAACUAUCGGUUAAUGUGGAUGUCUUUGGAUUUUUGGAUGUUGUUAGUGGUCGUGAGACUAAGGAAAUUCUAAAAUCAGGGGUAUUAAUGAUAACCUGUUUUAGAGGGGAAAAUGAAUGUCCUGUUGAUAUUGCAAUAGUAGAUGAGAAUGUAUAUUCUGAUGAUGAACGUUUUACUGUUGAUUAUGCUUCUUUGUUGUGGAAUGAUACUCUGAGAAGAGUUUAUUUUCACCGAAUAACUGGAAUCAUAGAAGUUAUGAAAUUAUUUGACGAAAUGGAGAGCCUGGUAGGAUUUUAUGUUCCUGCUGCAUUGUUAUAUAAGCUUCUGAGAACCAUGGUUGGAAAUAGCUCAUCCUAUGUUAAUUAUGUCAAAGAAAGGUGUUGUGCAAUUCCUGUGAAUUUCGGUUGGAAAGUUCCGUGGCUUUAUUUUGAAGUUGUGAUAUGUGCGAAUGGUCUUUUAGAGCUUGUCUAUGGAACUAAGAAGUCUUUAGUUCAUAAUUCUGAAAAAUUGAAUGGUGUUGAUGAUUUUUGGGUCUCUGAUGAACUGUGGAAUACUAAGAACAAUGGCCAUGCCUUGCUGGAAAAAGAGGUUGUGAAUUCUAAUGAUUUUCUCUCGAAUAUUGAUUUUGAAUCAUGUGUUAGGCUGGCUGCUUAUAUUGGGUUAAAUAUGAAGACUGUGCAAUGUCUUUUUGCUAAAAGAAGUUGCCUAAGUUGUUUUGACAUUGACCCCGGAGGAGUAGUAAACUACUUUAGUACAUUUGAACUCAUUUGCUUCAAGAAUUGGGAUAUCAUGCAUAACUGUACCCUCAACUUCUUAUGGGACUUCCAUCCGAGGGAACAGUAUAGUGACCUUAGUUUAAAUGUUCUGAUAAUUGGCAACGGGGUUAAGCAUCAGGAUCCCUAUUCAUUGGUGGUAAGUGUGUAUGUUCUCCAAGUUGGUGCUGUGUUUAUCCUUCGUGAUUAUUUUGAAGGCUGUUUGUUUGGAAAUUUUCCUUUUGAACUGAAAGACUAUGGUUUGUUAUGGUAUACUGUGAUGUCACUUCUUGAAAAUACUUCUGUUGAUAUCGCGAACGAACUGCUUUUGAUUAUUGUUGCAUAUGGUGAAGCCGAAGGAUAUUGUGCACCACCUAUGAGUUUUGGUUGGAGAAUAGCAUGGUCGGUUGUUUGGUCAUAUAGAGCGAUUGUAGAAGGCUAUGGUGGUAUUUGUUAUUGGGAUCUUCUGCACUCAAAAGCUAGUUUAGAGUUAUUUGAGUUUCUGUUUAGCAUUGAAGCAACUACCUGCCUUAAUAUGAAAUGGUUACAUCUCCCGAAUCAUUUGUCUGCUUACAUUUCUCUUUCUAGCUGGAAUUAUGACUCGUUAUGGCAGCCUGCAGCUCUCUUAAAUUCUUAUGUUUGGGAUCCAGGAAUAGUUACUGAAAUGGAGUAUCCUGGAUUGCCAUGUGUUGCGGAUGUUGUUGAAGAAGAUGUUGCAGCCUGCGAAGGAUCGUUGAAUUCAUAUGCUGUAGAAGAAAUCGAUGAUGUUGAUCAUGUUUUUUCAGCAAUUGUUGUUAGUGAUGAUAGAUCUUUGGUUGAAAUCGAUUAUCGUGUUACUGAAUCUUUGGAAGGCUACACCGUAACAGACGCUAGGAAUAAGGUUGCAGCUCAUGAACGUGCUAAAUGGAAAGGUGGUGAUGCAAACAAACUGUUGGAUUUGUUGAAGGAAAGGUUCAAAGAAGUAAUUCAUGGUUGGAGGCAAAAGGAGAAUCAUGGAGACAAUCGUUGCAACAAUGGUCGCGUUAAUAUGCAUUUUCCAAAUGUUGAUAUGUGUACCAUGAAAUCGUUGUCGGAUAAUGUUCUUAAGGAGGUUGGAUCUUUACCUGAAGAAAUCGACAAGGAUGUGGUUGGAAACAAGGCUUCUCACGCUCCUUUAAGUUCAACUGUAAUUAUUAAAGAUCCUGAGAUAUUGAGGCCAUUGGGGGAACAUAACGUAAGGUGGAAGAGUGAAACUGAGAAGAGAUCAAGACAAGCAAGUGCAAAACACAAGAAAGGUGUAGCUUUGAGGACGAGGAAGACUAUAUACAAAAGGGUGAACUCUGAUAACCCUGAUUUGAUUGGUCGUUAUACGCACCCUCUUGUUUUCAGUGGUUUUGAUCAUGUUAAUUGUCAAAUUGAGCAACAAACAAACACCACAGACAUGUUGGCCAGCAGCAGCACCAGAGCAAUAUUCUUCUCCAACUCUAAACAGCUGCUCUGCUGCCAGAAUUCCACUCACAUUUCCAACCCAUUGAUCAAUAAUCUGAGACCCAUUUCAUGGAACUCUAGGAAUUUGAGAAUGGACAACCGUUCUGCUGCUUCAAGAUUUGUCACCCGGGCCGCCGCUGCUCAACCCCUCCAGAAUCCCGAGGAGCUUAUCGACUCUGUUGAGACUUUCAUCUUUGAUUGCGAUGGAGUUAUAUGGAAGGGGGAUAAAUUGAUUGAUGGUGUCCCUGAGACUCUAGACUUGCUUCGGGCUAAGGGAAAGAGAUUGGUUUUUGUUACCAACAACUCAACCAAGUCCAGAAAACAAUAUGGAAAGAAAUUCGAAACUCUUGGUCUCAAUGUUAGCGAGGAGGAGAUUUUUGCAUCAUCCUUUGCAGCUGCUGCUUACUUGAAGUCAAUUGACUUCCCGAAAGACAAAAAGGUAUAUGUGAUUGGUGAAGAUGGAAUCUUGAAGGAGCUUGAACUUGCUGGGAUUCAGUAUCUUGGAGGCCCAGAAGAUGGCGGGAAGAAGAUUGAGCUGAAACCUGGGUAUAUGAUGGAGCAUGACAAGGAUGUUGGUGCUGUUGUGGUUGGAUUUGAUCGCUACUUCAAUUACUACAAAGUUCAGUACGCCACACUAUGUAUACGCGAAAAUCCGGGAUGUCUAUUUCUUGCCACCAACCGUGAUGCUGUUACUCACUUAACGGAUGCUCAGGAGUGGGCAGGAGGUGGUUCAAUGGUUGGAGCAAUCUGGGGAUCCACAAAGCGUGAGCCACUUGUUGUUGGAAAGCCAUCGACAUUUAUGAUGGACUACUUAUCAGACAAGUUCGGCAUCCUGAAAUCGCAGAUUUGUAUGGUCGGUGACCGAUUGGAUACAGAUAUACUUUUCGGACAAAAUGGUGGUUGUAAAACCCUUCUUGUCCUCUCAGGGGUGACCACUUUGCCAGUGCUUCAAGAUCCCAAGAAUUCAAUACAACCGGAUUUCUACACGAAUAAGAUCUCAGAUUUUCUCUCAUUGAAGGCUGCAACCGUGUAA